AAAGCGAAAAUAAUAUGCAAAACUAAAAAUAUAUCAAUUAACAGUUUUAUUCUAUUUAUAGUCCUCCCUUGAAAUUAUACCUUAAUUUUGGUGCUUACUUUUUUAUUCUAUUCAUUAAAGUAAGGCCUUUAAUUUCGCGUACAAUUGUGCCGUAUCUGUUUCAACAUAUAUUUUAUUUUAAGUAAAAAAAUGUCUAUUGCAGAUUAAUAUUUCCUUUUAAUUACAUUAAAUAAUUCAGUAGCAAUUUACGUAUAAACAGUACUAUGUUUGAAUCUGAUGAUUUUGAUCAGGUUUUAUCUCAAUUAGAUAUUCCGGACGUACCUCUCAGAACAAGCACAACCAACUGUCAUAGCGUUCAGAAUAAUGUUAAUGUACUACAAAAUAGUCCCUCUAAAAUAAUUAGCAAAAACAAUGCAAUACCGGGUUCAAAUCAUGAUAAUAUAAACAUAAAUAACAAGGAAACAGAAUCUGAAGUUAAUCUUGUGCAAAAAAAUAAUUUACUAUCACCAAAGCACUGCAAAAGGAAAAUUAUUAAUUCACAUUUUGACUCUAACUGUAAAAGAAAGUUCCCAGGUCCUGCGGGAUUAUUGUCUGGUAGUUUUGAACAAUAUAAGGAUAAUAAUAUUGAUCACAUUGAGUUGCUGUCUCAGGAUAUAGAUUUUUCACAAUAUCCUCUACACGGGGACCUAUUUGAUUCAGCACUUUGGAAAAAAAUGUUAAAAGAUGUGAAUGAAUGGAAAUUAAAUGCUGUUGAAACAAUAAAAACAAUAAAACAGUUUGCACUCAAUGGAAACAUUAGAAGAAGGAAAGCACAAACAAUUACAGCAUUUGUAGAAUGUGUUGAUAGAUCUGCUAUGGACCCUUUAAUUACUCUCAGAGAUUUAACUGGAAAUAUAAAAUGUACACUACAUAGAGAUGCUUGGUCAUGUUUUUCAUCAUACAUUGUGCCAGGGCAUUCAGCUCUUGUGUUAUCUAAGACUACAAUAUUAACAACAGGCGGCGCAUUCAAAAAACAUUACUUAAAUAUAACUAUGAGCAAUAUAUUAGCUAUAUAUAGUUCUAUACUCAAUAAGGAAGAAACUAUGCCUGAUGGUUAUCAAAAAAAAGUAAAUGAAGACUGCACAAUUAUUAAAAUGGAGAAACAAAUCUCAGAAAACCAUGGAAAUGAUUAUGAUGACUUAGAUAGCAUAUUUUCAGAUGAGACUUUUUAAAAAAUGUGAUAAUUAUGUACAUAAGUUGUAAAAUAAAGUAUGAUUAUAUUAAA